GUGUGGCGAAAGUGCGGCUGCGGAAGCGCAGCGAGACCCCGGAGGAGGAAGCGAGCACCGCUGCCCUGCUGCGGGGUUCCCGGCACCAUGGGCCGCCUGCACUGCACGCAGGACCCGGUGCCCGAGGCCGUGCGCGGCGACAUGCAGCAGCUGAACCAGCUAGGCGCGCAGCAGUUCUCGGCCCUGACAGAAGUGCUUUUCCAUUUCCUCACUGAGCCCAAAGAGGUGGAGCGCUUUCUGGCUCAGCUCUCUGAAUUUGCCACCACCAAUCAGAUCAGCCUUGGCCCCCUCAAAAGCAUCAUGAAAAGCCUCCUUUUGGUUCCAAAUGGUGCAGUGAAGAGGGGCCUUACUGCAGAGCAGGUGCGGACUGAUCUCCUGACUCUAGGUCUUAGUGAGGAGAAAGCCACUUCCUUUUCUGAAAAGUGGAAGCAGAACGCCCCGACCCUUGCACAGUGGGCCAUAGGUCAGACCCUGAUGGUUAACCAGCUGAUUGAUAUGGAGUGGAGGUUUGGAGUGACGUCUGGAAGCAGUGAAUUAGAGAAAGUGGGAAGCAUAUUUUUACAGUUAAAGUUGGUGGUUAAGAAAGGAAAACAAACUGAAAAUUUGUAUAUAGAAUUAACCUUGCCUCAGUUCUACAGCUUCCUGCAUGAGAUGGAGAGAGUCAGAGCGAGCAUGGAGUGUCUCAGCUGAUCCUGGCUCUUGUUCCCUUGCUCCUGCCUCUUCUCUGACGGCUUCUCCAGGGUCCAACUGCCUCCGGAGGCCAGGUGCAAGAGUUUCUAAAAACAACAGUCUCAGUACUUGAGGAGUCCUGCCUGAUACUUCUGUAAGCCCCAUCGGAAGCCACCACCUCCGACUUCUGGAUGACUUUACACCUAGAUGCUCUGACAGCUGCCGCAUCGCAUCUGGGAUUGGUUUCUUUCUUUUGGAAGGCUGGUAUUGUCACCUCCCAUUCAACAGUAAACAAACGGUUCCUUCAUUCAGGUGGUUGAGUUCGUGUUUGUGGCUGAGGAAUAGACAGGCAGUGUGGACAUUAUGUCAGGAGAGGUGCCAUCUGUGUCACACUGUUUGGAGGGGGAAGGGCUCUGCCAGCCAGUGUUUGCUGUCAUCUGCAUAAAAGCCUGUGCUUAGUCUUCUCUGGAAAGAACCGAGGCCAGACUGUUUCUGGUUUUGUCUCUGUCUUUUGUGUUACAAGGAGGUAGGCCUUCUGAGGCCAUCUUAGAUUGUUUUGUUUGGUUCCAGAAGACAAACCACCUUUUGGUUAAGUGGUAAAUUAAAAGAGAAACAGUUUCUAAAGAAAA